AUGCGGGGAGCCAGUCGUCAAACCAUUUUCACAGACCCAUUUCCCCUCCCUCCUCUCAUUUCCCCACCUUCCCUCUUUCUUUUCCACCACUACUCCUCAUACCCCCCUUCUCUCCCUCCUAUUUUCCGCCCUUCCUCCUCUCAUUUCCCCCCCCCCUGCUUCCUCGAUGUUUCCCCACUGCUCCUCCACACAUCCCCCCUCUUCUCCCUCUCAUUUCCCCUAUUUAUCCAUCUCUGCUUCCCCUCGUUCCCCUCUCUACUUCCCCUUGUUUCCUCCUCUGCUUCCACUCGUUCCCCCCUCUCCUUCCCCUUGUUUCCCCCUCUGCUCCCCCUCGUUUCCCCCCCCCCCCCCUUCCCCUUGUUUCCCCCUCUGCUCCCCCUCGUUACCCCCUCUCCUUCCCCUUAUUUCCCCCUCCCCUUCCCCUCGUUACCCCCUAACUUUCCCCUUAUUUCCCCAUCUGCUUCCCCUCGUUCCACCCUCUCCUUCCCCUUAUUUCCCCCUCUGCUUCCCCUCGUUCCCCCCUCUCCUUCCCCUUAUUUCCCCCCCUGCUCCCCCUCGUUCCCCCCUCUCAUUCCCCUUAUUUCCCCCUCUGCUUCCCCUCGUUCCCCCCUCUCCUUCCCCUUGUUUCCCCCCCUGAUCCCCCUCUUUCCCCCCUCUCCUUCCCCUUGUUUCUCCCUCUGCCUCCCCUCGUUCCCCCCUCUCCUCUUCCGUGUUUCCCCCUCUGCUCCCCCUCGUUCCCCCCUCUCCUUCCCCUUUUCCACCCUCUCCUUCCCCUUAUUUCUCUCUCUGCUUCCCCUCGCUCGUUCCCCCCUCUCCUUCCCCCUAUUUUCCCCUCUGCUUCCCCUCCUUUCCCAUAUGCUUCUUCACAUAUCCGCCCUCUUCCGCCCCUCUUUUUAUCAUCUCCCCUCCCUUCCACCGCCUCACCGCAGCCUAGGGCACCUCCCACGUUUUCCCCCUCUCCUGUUCCGUGAACGAGCCCCUCACCACUGCUCCUGUAUGCAUUAUAAACCCCUGAAGAAAGCCCAUGCUUCGUCCCCUGCUUCUCUAUUUCCCACCCUUCCCUUGCACGAUGUGGCUUUGAGCUCCCGGCCAAUGUCACACCCAGCGCGUGUUAGUGCGCACAUGGCACGACCUGCCGAGAUGCCGAGGCAGGAAGAACAGCUGAGGCGAGCCAAUGUGGCAACUGAGACGGCAAGACGCAACUCAAAAACCACGCCCCCAUGCAUGUUUGCUAGCUCCAGUGCCGUGUUUACCGCGUUCCCUUUCCAAUUGAGGGCUCUCGAGUGCAGCAUGGAACAAGAUAGACUCUACUUGCUUCAGCAUAGGCUAGCAUGUGCUCCUACGGUGUGUUGA